CCAUCACAGCCCCCGUCCCAGUACCGGGCCUGUCCCAUCACAGCCCCCGCCCAGUACCGGCCGCAGACCGGGAGCCCAGGCCGCGCCCCCUCCAGUCACAACCCCAGGCGAGUCCCGGCAAAGCCCGGGCCCGACUCCAGACCCAGCCCGCGGUCCAGGACCAUCUCCUCGGCCCCGAGCGCAGCAUUAAGUUUCACCCGUCCCGCCGUGGAGGAUGGAGCCCGCUGUGGCGGCGCCUUCACCGCCAUGGAUAGAGAAGUGUCCGUGGGGAGCAUCUCCUCUGGUGCAAACGCCCUGCUCCCUCACCGAGGUGAUGAGUGAAGAGCUAGCCAAGGAGUUGCAGCAACAGGAAGAGAAUGCAGUUUUCCCUCAUGUUAGCGGCAUCGACACGGCCAUUCUCAUCGGGGAGGGUACGGAGACCUCUAGCGACCUGCUCUUGGCUCAGAUGUUGCAGAUGGAGUUUGACCGGGAGUACGACGCACAACUUCGCCGGGAAGAAAACAAGUUGAACGGUGACAGCAAAGUUUCCAUCUCUUUUGAGAAUUACCGAAUGGUGCAUCCGUAUGAAGACAGCGAGAGCUCAGAAGAUGAAGUGGAUUGGCAGGACACGCGGCACGAUCCUUACAAACCCGAUAAGCCGUCAACAAAUCCAAAACGUGGAUUUGCAGGAAAGGGGAAAGAGAUUACCACCAAGCACGACGAGGUGACGUGUGGCAGGAGGAACACCGCGCGAAUGGAAAAUUUUGCUCCAGAGUUCCAGGUUGGCGAUGGGAUUGGAAUGGAUUUGAAGCUGUCCAACCGGGUUUUCAAUGAACUGAAGCAGCAUUCGUACUCGGAGCAGCGCCGCAGCGCCAGGAUCCACGAGAAGAAAGAACACUCCACUUCCGAUCAAGCGGUGGAUUCGAAAACCCGCCUGCUGCUAUACAAGAUGGUGAACUCUGGGCUACUGGAAAGCAUCAAUGGCUGCAUCAGCACGGGCAAGGAGUCUGUGGUGUUCCACGCUAAUGGGGGCAGCUUGGGUGACAAAAUGGUUCCCGCAGAGUGUGCCAUCAAGGUUUUCAAGACUACUCUGAACGAGUUCAAGAACCGAGACAAGUACAUCAAGGACGAUUACAGGUUCAAGGAUCGCUUCAGUAAGCUGAACCCACGCAAGAUCAUUCGCAUGUGGGCCGAGAAAGAAAUGCACAACUUGACCAGAAUGCAGAAAGUUGGAAUUUCCUGUCCAUCGGUGGUUCUUCUCAAGAAGCACAUUCUGGUGAUGUCCUUCAUUGGCGAGGAUCAUGUGGCUGCUCCCAAAUUAAAGGAUGUUCAACUAAGCAACGAGGAUAUGAAGCAAGCCUACCACCAGGCUUUGCAUAUGAUGCAGCAGCUCUACACUAAAUGCAACCUCGUUCAUGCUGACCUGAGUGCCUACAACAUGCUGUGGCACAUGGGGAAGAUCUGGUUGAUUGAUGUUAGUCAGUCUGUGGAGCCCACUCAUCCACAUGGCCUCGAGUUUCUCUUCAGGGACUGUAGAAAUGUCUCUCAGUUCUUCCAGAAGGCAGGUGUUAUGGAUGCAAUGAGUGAACGGGAGCUUUUUAACGCCGUCUCCAGUUUGGACAUUACUGCCGACAAUGAGGCGGACUUCCUUGCUGAGAUCGAAGCUCUGGAAAAGAUAAAUGAGGAUCACGUGCAGCGGCAUGGGAAACGUGUUGAGUAUGAUUCUGACGAAAGUCCAGUGGAUGAUUAAAAGGGGAAAGGAUUUUAAAGUAAAGGUUUGAUGUAGCUGGCUGUUUGCGAGAGGGAUCAGUAACCUGGAAAACUGGGAUUCAACGGAGCUGGAAACACUGAUUAAUCUGAAUUAAAAUUUAAAAUGAGUGCCAGUA